UGACGAACCACGUAUCGUCACAAAUCAACGCGGAGACAUUUGAUUCAGCACGUCCGAAUCAUCUCUCCCGGCGUUUCUCUUCGUUUCGUUGUCCUCCUUUUUCGAGAGACACUCUCCACUCUUGGGCAUCUUUUUUUUCCCGCAAGGAAAAAAAAAACCAAAAAACCAGAGUGCAGGAAACCGCCCCUCAGGGAGAAAAAAAAAAAAAAAGCGUGCGCACGCAUCUUGAGCGCUUCUGUUUGCCGAUAGUCCUUCGUCGCCUCGACCACCGACCGACGUUCAUCUGGAGACAAAACGAUCACACUCUUUUCAUCAAUUUCGAUCGCAAAAAAUAAAAUAAAGUCAAGACGGGUUGUCUCGGAAUUUCUCACGAUCCUGUCCAUCAAGCGACAGCCGACGCAACCACCGCCCGACUUCCGUGACCGAAGUUUAUCUAAUCAUCUUGGCCAACUCACGCCCGACUCGAAUUUGACAUUCGGUUCCUACAAGCGUGACCUGUUGACAGCUCGCUUUGCGACCACGAUAGAUUUCUACAUCAUCCCUUUCUCAUCAACUCGACGCUCCCACGACUGACGAAGAUCCGCAAGCCUUAUGACGUCUCCUGCAAGCACACAGGACCAAAACCCGGCGCAGAAUCCUAGUGCUUCCUCGGCCACGUCGUAUGCUUCAGCCGCCGGUGCUGCGAAGAAGCCUUCCUCGACGCCGCUGAGCGCACAAGGAUCGAACCCUCCGCCUGUGGUGGUUGGUUCGUCUGCGCCUGGUAAUCCGCAGCAUGGCAAUAAGCCUGCUGCAUCGCCUGUGAACGGCCGACCGGCCAUCACGCCCGCCAUUCCCGCUGUCGCUGGUGCCACUAAUGGUCACGACCGGAAAACCUCAGUCACAAUCAGCGCCAACGGACCUAGCUACGCUGCCAACGGAGGCCCAGUAGGCGGCCCCAAGGGUAAUAUCCAGUUCGGCUAUAAGGAGUCGCCCGGUAUUGUCCACAGCACCCCUCAGCAGGGAACUACAGCACCUAUCCCUAUCCCAGGAAACAACGCCAGAGUGCCUUCUCCAGCACACUCACCAUCCCCUAUCCCCCAACCCUCGGCUAGCGGUGGCAGACCGCCCUCGAUGAUGGCUCAGGAUGGAGGACCAAGCAUGAAAUUCGGAAGUCUCGGCGGUGAUGGGGAGCGGCACAUGAAGCACCUUUCCCAAGGGCCUCACAACAUGGGUUCGGGAUCUCCUCACAUGCGUCACGGCAGCACACAUUCUGUUCAUGACAACAUGCCAAACCACGGGGGUCCGGGAGCCGGCCGAGGUGGAAACUUUGCUUCGUCUGGUGGACGCGGCCGCGGAGGCUACAACAACCAGGCCGGCUAUAACAGCCCGAUGGGCUACCCCCCGACCGGUCAGUACGGCCGUGGUGGUGCACAUGCCGGCCAAGGUCGUGGUGGCAUGCCAUACCAACAGAACCAGCGGGGCAUGGCUCCUUACCCGAACUCUCCCCAACCUCGAGGCAGCCCUGCUAUGGGUAAUGCCAUGCCGAACCCCGGCACCCCGACUAUGAACGCAUCUCUCCCUGUUCAUCCUCCUCAGCAAGGCUACAACGCAUACAUGCCGCCUGCCUAUCCUAAUGUAAAUGCAACCCCUCAAUAUCAAAGACAAGGAUCGAAACCUUUGGGCAAGAAAAAAGGCGCUCGUCGGGACUCUGUGAAGGCGGGAACGCAAAACCCGUGGCAGAAUUCCGACACAUCUCAGGACCACCCUAGCGGGCGGUAUCGACGUCAAGGCACGCACUGGGAUUCAGCGUUUGGGCUGUCUAACCAGCCGAUCUCGCCCAAAGUUCUUUCUGAGAUCUCACCACCCCCUACAAUCCCUCUCGCCGACGCCGGGCACAAGAUCAACUUGUCGCCGGCUAGCGGUAAUUUUGAUCGCUUGCUAACUAUAAAGAAGCAGACCUAUGGAUUCGCACCCCCCUUCGAUCCCCGCCAGCAGGGUAUGAUGGGAAUGGGCUACCAGUAUCCGAUGGGCCCCAACAUGCCACCCUACGGCAUGCCGCCGCAGGGCCCCUCUCCUUCGCCGGGUUUCUCUCAGCAGCAGUCUUACCCUCCCGGUCCCUACACUCCUCAAGCCCAGCCAAUGUCUCGUAACGCUUCGCAGGUUUCUGAACGUCCUAACUCAAGCACCGGACACCAGCAACCCCCCGCUAACCCUCAAGGUCCCCCUCCCCAUCACACCCCGACCGCCAAGCCCGCAGUUGUCUCAUCUGGAACGUCAUCCUUCGUAAUUCCCAAGAAGACCACUGCCAAGAUCACCAUCAAGAAUGCUGCAGGGGAGGCAGUUGAUUUCAAGGCUCUUAAGCCGCCUGCGUCACCCGCACCUAGCUCCCAGCAGGCCAAGACUCCGCCAGUUACCAGCUCCACUCCCACACCACCUCCCAAAUCGGCCACACCAUCGCACACUCGCUCCGAUAGUGCGUCCAACCUCAAGACUGCCGAGCAGAAGAGGAGUGAGUUCAUGGAGCAGGUCCGGAAGACUGCUGCCGGCGAUGCCAAGGAACCUGCUGCCGAGGAGACUGCUGAAAAGUCAACUGAUAAAGGAUCCGCGGAUGCUACUACUGAUAAGGCUGAGCAGCCUGCUACUGUAGAAGAAGCCAAGGCUGUUGAAGCCAAAGAUGGCUCUAAACCCACUGCUGUUGAGGAAGAGCAGAAGGCGGGUGCUGCUGAUGCCCAAGGCGAGAAGCCAGCAGAUGAAAAGGUCGAAGAGGUUACUGAGACAGAAGAAGAACGUUUCGAGCGCGAAAUCCGUGAGAUGGAAGAACGCGAGGCCGAGGAAGAACGCCGGCAGGCCGAAUAUGAUGCCAAGAAGAAGGCCCAGGCUGAGGCCAAGAAGGCACAGGAAGAAAAGGAUCGUGCCAAGAAUGCCGCCGAGAAUGAUCGCAAGCUUCGGGAGCAGGAAGCUGAGAUGGAAAGACUUGAGGAAGAGAAGGAGCGCAAACGCGCUGAGGCCGAAGCUUCAGGCAAGACUGAAUCUGUCGCAGACGUGCUCGCUGGUAAGAGCUCAAAGGCUCCUGCGAAGGCUACCGGUGGCAUCAGCUCAGUCACCGAUAAGCUUGCAAGUCUCUCCGUCAAAGAUGGUGCCUCGGGCAAGUCUGGAAACUCGGAGAAGACCAAGUCCAAGCCCGCUGCGCUCAACCUUGCUCCUCUUAACACAAAGCCAGUUGAGCCUCCGCAACCCAGCGCGGCUCUCCAGUCACUCAAGUCGGCUCGAUUCCUCGAGGUCAUUGCGCCUAGUCUGUAUCCCGCCGGCAUUCACUCUCCCAACCCGGCGCUUAACUCUGCCGUGUCCAAGAAAGGCAAAAGCUUCAAGUAUGAUGCCAACUUCUUGCUCCAAUUCCAGAAGGUCUUCACGGAGCAACCUUCGAUGGAAUUCGGCCAACAGGUGAAGAGCCUGAUUGGAGACGGCGACAGGACUGGGUCGGCUAGGACCCCGGCUUCGUCCCGCCAACCGUCUGGUCGUGGUGCCUCUGGACCUUCCGGUGGAUUCCCUGGCGGCUCUUUUAUGAACCCCGGCAAGCCUGGCUCCGCGUUUGGCAACAUGGGCCCGCCUGCUAGAGGAGGUGGCUCCAUGGGUCCUAUUGGAUCCUUCCAGAGACCUUUCCCUGGAGGCACCGGAAUGACACGCAACCCUUCGCAAUCUGGCAUGCAGAUUCCGGGAUCUCCCCGUCAAGCCAGCAGGCGAACUGGAAGCAAGCGCAACGACUAUUCGAAUGCCAAGCAGGAAGCACAGGCUGCUAAGACCAUGCCUCUCACCGCUGGCAUGGAACUGAAGCCCAUCGCCACAUCUGCCUCUGGCUGGAAGCCCAUGAGCCUUACCAAGGGCGCUUCGCAGAGCGCCGGCACGGGUACGCACAUGGAGCCCGAAAUAGUUCAGCGUAAGGUCAAGGCCGCGCUCAACAAGAUGACGCCUGAGAAGUUUGACAAGAUUGCGGACCAAAUCCUGGAGAUUGCUGCUCAGUCCAAGGAUGAACAGGAUGGCCGUACCCUGCGCCAGGUGAUCCAGUUGACUUUUGAGAAGGCCACUGACGAAGCGCACUGGGCCUCGAUGUACGCCAAGUUCUGCAAGAGGAUGCUCGAGACCAUGAGUGCCGAUAUUCGUGACAUCAGCAUCAAGGACAAGCACGGCAACGUGGUCAGUGGUGGUGCCUUGUUCCGCAAGUACCUGCUCAACCGAUGCCAGGAAGAGUUCGAGCGUGGUUGGAAGAUGGAUCUUCCUGAGCCCAAGGAGGGUGAUGAGAAGAAGACGGGAGAGGCCGCCAUGCUCUCUGACGAGUACUACAUUGCUGCGGCCGCCAAGAGGCGUGGUUUGGGUCUCGUCCAGUUCAUUGGUGAGCUGUACAAGCUGGGCAUGUUGACGGAGCGCAUUAUGCACCAGUGUGUGCAGAAGCUUGUCGACUACAGCGGCAUUCCUGACGAGGCUGAGGUCGAGUCUUUGUGCAAGCUGCUGCGUACAAUUGGUGCGAAUCUGGAUCAGAACGCAGACAAGACUCAGGGUAGGGCCAUGAUGGAUGCCUACUUCGACCGGAUCAACACCAUGAUCAACCUGCCCGACCUACCCAGCCGUCUCCAGUUCAUGUUGAUGGAUGUUGUCGAUCUUCGAAAGGGCGGUUGGGUUUCCAAGGAGGCCAACAAGGGCCCCAAGACUCUCGAUGAGGUUCGUGCCGAGGCCGAGGCCGCGGCGGCUCAGAAGGCUGCCGAGAACGCUCGCACCAACCAGAGGGGUGGUCCCAGGCCGCCAAUGGGCGGUCGCGGCAGCGAUAUGCGUGGCAUUUCUGGCUAUGGUCAACCCCAACAAAAUCAGAACCAGGUUGGCAUGGACGACUUGAGGAGGCUCAAGGGCUCCGCCAUGCGCACAUCAUCACAGAACGCCACCUUCGGUCCUACCUCGAUGUUUGCCAGUCGCAGCAACAGCGGCCGCGCCAGACUUGGUGCUGGUGGACCUUUUGGGCGUGCUGGUGAGGAAUCGGGCGCGUCGUCGCGAACUGCGACGCCGCCUACGAGGGAAUCUACGUCAAAUGCAAAUGCAUUUAGCUUGCUUGCAAAUAUGGAGACGGAAAACCCAACCUCGCCCCCUGCCGUGUCGCCGGCCUUGACUAAGGCUACUCCCGACACGGGCGAUAAAGACAAAAAAUAAUCAAAGAAGAGCUGGCAACUCUAUGACGCUGUCUUUUUCUUGUUUAUCCUUUUUUAUUUUUUUUUCGUCUUGAGUAGCGCCCGUUUCCAUGUUUUGCACCUCGCCCUUGUAGGCAAGGGAGGGAGCGUGCGUCUUCUCCUGCAUUGUCCAUGAAUGCAUAGACGGGGCAGGUUAUUUGCAUUUACAGGGUUUUCAAAAAUGAGUAAAUCGUUCGUGUUUACAAAAGCGGCUUUUUUGUCUUUUCUUUCUUCUCUCUCCUUUUACUUUUUUCAAUGAUACCUGCCGAUCCUUGUUACACGUCCUCAUAUUCAAACUCGAUAGACAGGCUGGUUCGGGCCAAUUUUUAUGUCCCAGACCAGGCGAAUCCUCAUGCUCUCCUCCAUCCCUCGGACCGUAUUUCCAUCUACAUUUACACAACCACUAAUAAGGUCUGCUUGGAGGGGGGCGGGGCUUUUACUCACUCUUCACUUCCACCACAUGUUUUAAUUUAGAACUUUCAAAAGUUUGUCCUGGAGCGCGCCUUGAGUUGGUCGGGGGGUGACCGGGAAGGGUGGCAAGGGGGGAAUAUCCCAUUGGUAUUUUGAGGCGCAAUGAGGACGGGGUUGCCCUUCCCACUGUUUUGUUAUGAUGAGGAUUCUCUUUAGUUGACGCGCGUAUUUACUCUUUUUUGCUGCUCUUUUUCAUUUGAUGACUUACUUUUUUUUUUUUUUGUUAUUUUUCUCCUUCCCUCGUAUCUUCUCUGGUUUUGUUUCUGUGCUUUCACCCGGCUUUCUGACUUUG